AGCCAGCAUUCGGUCGGAAAGGACGUCUCCUUCUGUUUGCAAGACCUAGACAAAAGCAGCAGCCAUGGCCGCCGAGGCUGCCUUGAACAAGAGCCUGGAUGACCUGAUUGCGGAGCAGCGCCAGAAGAAGGAUACAAAGACGCAGAAGAAGGAGGUGCGCCGCGGCAACAAGCCCGGCGGCGACCGCCCCGGCCCCGGCGGCAGCCGCGCGCCAAAGCGCGUGUCGGGCGGCGGGCCGCCCCCGCGCCGCGAGCCCCGCAACCUCUCCAUCACAGUCAAGGGCGGCGUGGGCAAGCGGGUGUCCGCCGGCGGCGGCGUGCGUGAGGAGCGGGAGCGGGAGGACCCUCAGCGCCGCGAGGCGGCACUGGAGGGCGGCGCCAAGUGGGGCCACGACAUGUACCGCGGCCCGGUGGGCGGCGGCGGCGGCGGCGGCGGUGCCCGGCGCGGGCCCCGCGACCCCACCCCGCUCGGCACCAAGCUCGGUCGGUCGGAGGGGACGGCGGAGGUGAUUUUCGAGGAUGCGGGGCACGCGGAGCGCGCGAUGCGCAAGUACAACAACGUGCAGCUGGAUGGCAACGCGAUGCAGAUCGAGCUGAUCCCGCAGGCGGCGCCCAGCGCGGGCGGCGGCGCCGGCGGCCCCCGCACCCUCAGCAGCGGCAUCCGCAUCAGCGGCGAGCGCGGCGGCACGCGCAUGGUGCAGCUGACGCGCCACUUCCAGCAGGCGGCGGGCGGCGCCACGCGCGUGCGCGGCCGCGGCAGCGUGCGCAGCGGCGUGAUGGCCAUGCAGGAGUGA